GUCAUGUAUUUAUCUCGUUAUAAAUACAGCCACCCAGCCUCCUAUUGCAGACAGCAGGGUUGAAGAGAACUUACAUCGUACUGAGAGAGUAAAGACCGGCUGUGAAAAUGCAGGAAAUGCUGAUUCUACUAUUGUCCCUCAUCGCUCUCUCUGCUGUAAAUGGGCAGACAUUUCAUUUAGGAUCCUGCCCGAAACCUCCAGUUCAAAGCAACUUUGAGCUAAGCAAGUAUCUUGGCACGUGGUAUGAAAUUGAAAAAUUACCUGCAAGUUUUGAAAAGGGAAGUUGUGUUCAAGCCACUUACUCCUUAAAUGAGGAUGCUACCAUAAAGGUUUUGAAUCAGGAACUUUUACCUAAUGGCAAGAAACAUUCAAUUGUGGGAACUGCUGUAUCCCGCAACUUAGAGGAGCCAGCCAAACUUGGAGUUAGCUUUUCCUUUUUCCAGCCAUACAGUCCAUACUGGGUGUUGUCGACCGACUAUGAGAGUUAUUCACUGGUUUACUCCUGCAGUAACGUUUUAGGAAUUUUUUAUGUGGACUUCGCCUGGAUCCUGGCCAGAACUCGCACACUCCCGGCAGAAAAUGUCACCCAGCUGCGGGAAGUCUUCACCACCUCCAACAUCGAUAUAACGAAAAUGACUCAGACUGAUCAAACAAACUGCCCUAACUUCAUGUAAAUUAACCAUGGGGAAUUCAAAUUCCUAUAUAGAAAGGUGGUUACUUUUCUUCUUGUUGGAAAUAGGUGGGAAUUAUUAAUGUCAUAUACUUACUAAGCUGUAUUAUAGAAUCGAGAGUGCACUGACUCACUACUGAUUGCUUGAAUGCAUGAUUAAAAUUGGAAGUCCACCUAAAAUCUAUAUGAACUAACUCUACCCAAAGAGAAGCACUGCAAACCAGUAUCUGCAUUGCAUAUGCUUGCUCAUUAUAAUCCUGUUGAAACAUCUGCCCCAUGCUGUUAAACUACAUUUUAAUCCUGAAAAGUUACAGAGUACGACGAUACCGUUAUGUUGAAAAUUUAGUAAAUCUAAUAUGUUCUCAAUCCAGUCCUUUGUCAGAAUGGUUUGUAUCAUGUGUUAUGCAACACUGUUGUGUAUUUGUAUUAUGUAGUAUAUAAUUACACAUGCAAAACUUUCUCAUGAAAAGGAAUUUAAUUUAAUGUUACAAGGGUGUUAUUUGAAAAACAACAAUACAACAUUCAUCAUUUACAAACCUUUGUAUGAGUUUUUGAGUCUUUACAAAGUAUAAUGCUUUGAAGUGGGUUAAGUUUAUCUCUUUGCUUUGUUUCUGGUAUUUUAUUGCACUCAUGGGCAGUGUAAUGCAAUGCACUCUCAGCUAGCAAAUGCACAUUCCUUAGAAUGCACAAAAAGCCUAGCAUUAACGUUUAAGGCAUCAAGUCAAUUAAUGUUAAUCAUUUAAUAAGAUAAUUUAUAUCAUCUUAAUUCCUCUACUAAUUUCCUAUUUAAUAUAUUAUGUGUGCUCUCUAUCUUUGUCUAAAGGAAACAUAUAUGUUGCACUGUGUACACUAACUGUGCAACACUGAUAUGCUUCCCCACAAUUAGCUAUAUCUUUUCGGAAGCAGGAAUAAUAUGUAAUCAUAAUGAUCUAAGCAGUUACAGCAACAGAGAAUCAUGCAGAACAUACAUAAUAGGAUAUUGAAUAUUAGGAACAAGUGCAUGAUAUGAAGUGUCCCUUUAAGAAUAGGUCAUUGUUGUAAUCACCUUGAUUUACGUUAUCCUUAUGUUAUGCACAUAUAUUCUGUCAUAUUGUAAAAUGUGAGUUUUGUUAAAAAGCUGCACUGAGACAAGUUUUGUGUCAUAUUCUUAACCAUUAUAUAAAAUAAAUACGAGCCUAUUUUAAUGAA